CUUGAUACUGUUCCCUGCUCUCCAGCAUAAACAAAACACUGAGUAUCAUCAAAUACAGUAAAAGUUCGCGCCCGAGGCAUGCUGACCCUCCGGGCGAUCUGAACAGUCCUGGUGGCGAGAGAUCGAAAUAAAUGUUAUGAUUGGUUGAGCUUUUUAUUUUUUCUAAAUUUGUGACUGUGUGACUGUGGUUAUUUUGUUUUGUGGCUGUUUUUAGUGGCGCUGACUGUCGAGGGGAUUCGUCUCCGCAAUAUUUACCACCGUGGCUGGUGAGUGUGUGUCCCUUGGCUCAGCCUUCACUGCCUUCCGACACAUGCCCCUGCUUCGCAAUGAGCUACUCGCAAGGAAAGGGGCGCCUGUAUCCAGCGUAUAGCCUGAGCGGAUCAGAAGGAGAGGACUCGCCGCGCAGAUACGGCUCCCAGCACACGUACCAGCACCCUCUCUAUCAACAGCCCGCAGGCCUCAGCGACACCCCCACCUCCGAGAACGCUUCGGACGCCACCCUCACCGAUUCCGAGCUGGCUCUGGCCAGGGAUUCCACACUGCUCGUACACAACGGUUGUCUGUUGGACGGAGUGCCCCGACCCCCUGAUGUGCCCCCCCGAAACCCGACCAUGAGCCGGUUAAACGGACGCCUGGCCUCAGCACCCUCCGCAGACCCCACCCAGGACUUCGAACCCUCCUGCUUGGUGAGGACGCCUUCAGGAAAUGUAUAUAUACCCAGUGGGACACUUAAUCACCCGAAAAACUCGACCAUCGAUUACAAGUCGAACUCGUCGUGCAGCAGCCCCUCGAAGGAUAUGAAGACCGCCGACAGAUGUGGCAUGCCAUAUGGGCCCCAGGUACCUGUCCUGCCCGUCCGAAACAACUUGCGCCGGCCCAAUUCGUCGCAUUUUCCGCAAGCCAGCAGAUUCCACUUCAGGAAGGGGCUGGCCUCGAAGUGCACGUGGAAGUGCACCGCCAUCGUGUUCAUCAUGCUGUCGGUGGUGCUCACAGCUGCCCUUUCUUAUAUUUCAGCCUCGAGCUUAUUGAAUUGGUCAUAUCAAAAUACGAAACCAUGCGAGGUUCUGGUAGGGGACAACACGCAGAUUGUGCCUGCCUCCAAAACUGUCCCUUCAGAGACCAACCUUUCCACAUCUAGUAAACCGAAAACUGCAAAUUCUGGAGGUAAUGAGUUUAUCUAUUCCCGAAAACGUAGGCAGGUUUCUGAAACACCGCAUGCUUUUGUGUUACCGAAUGCUACCACAAACUCGAGUGACCCUCCUAGUACUGGUGGACCUGAUAGUUUGCAUGCUAGUACCGUUAGAUCUUUGCAUGAAACGAACAAUCUUACCUCAGGAAAGCUUUCCGUUCUUGAUGUUUUUGCACCUCCAACUAAUAAAACAAAUACACAGACACUACACGCAGAAAAUAUAUCCACUGCUGCCCCUGAAUUAAGUGAAACUGCUCAAAUUUAUGAAGCCCCUGAAAAUCUAAUGGCAGACAAUAAUGCUGCUGAAAAUUUCGAAACUGUAUUAGAAGAUACAAAUUCUAGUGAAAUAGUGGACAAGAGUGAUGUUAAAAAUUAUGAUGACAUCUCUGAAGAAGACAACAUUUCAGAUUCUUCCUUAUUUACACUGGACGAUACAGUAUAUGAUGAAAUACAAAGAGAACAUAGCACUACAAUGAUAAAAUCUGAAUCGUCUGAACUUCAGCAUGAUUCUCCCAUAUUUUCUUAUGGUCAAGAUGAGGUCCAAAUUGUAAAGCUAAACCAUGAAACUUUAUCUACAACUCAAAAGUCAAAAGCAAAAUAUGAUACAAAAAAUAUAACAAUCGAAGUUAAAGCCCAAGAUAACUCAAAAGAAUUAACAGAUUCCAAUUUAUCAGUAUUACCAGUUGAAGAUAAUAUGAAUCUAAAUUUGAAGACGAUCCGCUUUAACAACCCUGAGUUCUUGCAUAACACUACUAAUAGCACUAUCUCUAAAGAAUUUGAGACUAAUGAUGUGCCGCAUCAAAGCGCUAAAAUAAAAGUAAUAGAGGUACCUCCUAUCCACAAUCCAAGCAUGUCCUCUUCCAAGCGUGUUCUUGUGAAUGUAACAAUAGCCACUGAUCCUGACCAUAAUAAUCCAUACUCCACACAUUCAGUCUAUGUGCUUUCUCUGUCUGUACCCACAGAGGGUAACGAGGAGCCUGGUGUCAAGGUCGACACAAAAGAGGCCCCAAAAGAAUUCCGUGGACCUGCAAAAGAGUCGGAUAAAUCGAGAACUACUUUACCACCAUCUAUUUUAGAUCUUGACAGAUACAAUGACGAUUCAGGUGGAGCUUGUGAGUGCUCUUGCCCAUGCUUAGACGAUCCUAAUUUUUCAGAAUCAAAUAGUACAGAAGACUAUGACUACAGUGGUGACAUCACGGCUCAAACCGUGAAUUCAACCCUUGAUACUACUAAGAAGCUUCUAGCUACAGAGAAAACUGUAUAUGAUACCAGCACAGAAUUUAUUUCUUUAUCUACUACGAUGUCUAGUGACUCUACAGGAUCUCCAGAAAUUGGGCAAACAAUUUGUCCAGAAGUUACAACGAAACUGCCACCACCACCUACGAUUCUCAUCCUCGAAGGUGCUCGUACGUUUCCCGCUCAAUCGUUCCCUCCGGAUGGGACCACGUUUUCCCAAAUUGCUCUAGGUCAGAGACUGUCAAAGGAAAUACCGCCUUACAGUUAUUGGAACAUGCAGUUUUAUCAAUCAGAAGCAGCUUAUGUUCAAUUCGACUAUAACAUUCCAAGAGGAGCCAGCAUUGGAGUAUAUGCACGUAGAAAUGCGUUACCAACGCACACCCAGUACCAUAUAUUAGAAGUUCUUAGCGGAUUUAAAGCAAGAACUACGAGAGCAUCACACCAGUCUACCGUCAAAAAAGAGGUUACGCAUUACAUGGAACAGGGACACUGGUUUUUGUCUCUAUAUAAUGAUGAUGGUGACCCGCAAGAAGUAACAUUCGUAGCUGCUGUCGCAGACGACAUGACCCACAAUUGCCCUAACGGUUGCAGUGGCAAGGGCGAAUGCCUUAUGGGACAUUGCCAGUGCAACCCUGGUUUCGGCGGAGACGACUGCAGUGAGAGUGUAUGCCCCGUACUCUGCAGCCAACGAGGGGAAUACAUCAACGGAGAGUGCCAGUGUAACCCGGGCUGGAAGGGGAAGGAAUGUCAAUUAAGGCAUGAUGAAUGCGAAGUGCCUGAUUGCAACGGUCACGGUCAUUGUGCUAACGGAAAAUGCAACUGCAUUCGUGGAUAUAAAGGAAAAUUCUGUGAGGAGGCGGAUUGCCCACACCCUACGUGUUCCUCCCAUGGCUACUGCGUAGAAGGAUCUUGCAUUUGUAAGAAGGGCUGGAAAGGCCCCGAUUGUGCACAAAUGGACAAAGACGCCCUUCAAUGUCUUCCAGAUUGUUCCGGACAUGGAACUUUCGAUUUAGAAUCGCAAACUUGCACAUGUGAACCCAGGUGGUCCGGAGAAGAUUGCUCGAGAGAGUUGUGUGAUUUGGACUGCGGAAACCAUGGCCAUUGUGUGUCUGAGGCUUGCCAGUGCGAUCCUGGCUGGUCUGGUGAAUUCUGCAAUCUCAAACAAUGUGACCCAAGAUGCAAUGAACACGGGCAGUGUAAGAAUGGCACAUGCCUGUGUGUAACAGGAUGGAAUGGUAAACACUGUACCAUUGAAGGAUGUCCUAACAGCUGUUCUUCGCAUGGUCAGUGCAGAUUUAAUUCCGAGAGUAUGUGGGAGUGUCGAUGUGACAGCGGAUGGGAUGGUCCGGAUUGCAGUAUUUUAUUAGAACAAAACUGCAAUGAUGGUAGAGACAAUGAUAAAGACGGUCUUGUUGAUUGUGAGGAUCCGGAAUGUUGUUCGAACCAUGUGUGCAGAAGUAGCCAGCUUUGCGUAUCCUCUCCAAAACCCAUAGAUAUUUUAUUGAGGAAACAGCCUCCAGCAAUCACAGCUUCUUUCUUUGAAAGAAUGAAAUUCUUGAUUGACGAAGGCAGUUUGCAAAACUAUGCAAAACAGGAGACCUUCAACGAAAGUCGAUCAGCUGUUGUACGAGGCCGGGUUGUUACUCAGUUGGGAACUGGACUGAUGGGUGCCCGAGUCAGUACAAGCACUCCUCAAGAAGGUUUCACACUUACCAGAGAUGACGGUUGGUUUGACUUAUUAGUAAACGGUGGUGGUGCUGUCACGCUACAAUUCGGCAGAUCGCCAUUCGCACCGCAAAGCCGUAUUGUUUUCGUUCCGUGGAACGAAGUAGUUAUAAUAGACAACAUUAUCAUGAUAACUGGAGAGGAAAGAUCCCUCAAUGUACCUCCACAGCCGUGCAGUUCACAUGACUAUGAUACCAUGAAACCCGUUGUCCUUGCAACUUGGAAGCACGGUUUUCAGGGAGCAUGUCCAGAUAAAAGUGCCAUAUUAGCUGAGUCUCAAGUUGUUCAGGAAAGCUUACGGAUUCCUGGAACUGGAUUAAAUUUGGUUUACCAUAGUUCCCGCGCCGCCGGAUAUUUGUCCACAAUUCAGCUUCAGUUAACUCCCGAAGUGAUUUCCGCAGACUUGAAGUUAAUUCACCUUCGUAUCACGAUUGAGGGAAUCUUGUUCGAGAAAGUAUUUGAGGCUGACCCUGUCAUUAAAUUCACGUAUGCCUGGAGCCGACUUAAUGUUUACCGUCAAAGAGUUUAUGGGGUAACCAAUGCCAUAGUCAAGGUCGGAUAUGAAUAUACCGACUGUAAAGACAUAAUUUGGGAAGUUCAGACAACCAAACUCAGUGGGCAUGAUAUGAGUAUAUCCGAAGUGGGAGGUUGGAACCUCGACAUACACCAUCGCUAUAAUUUCCAUGAAGGUAUUUUACAAAAAGGUGAUGGUUCCAACAUUUACUUAAAACACAAACCUCGUGUAAUCCUCACGACAAUGGGCGAUGGUCAUCAAAGACCAUUAGAGUGUACUGAAUGUGACGGACAAGCAUCCAAACAACGUCUUUUAGCACCUGUAGCUCUAGCUAGCUCUCCUGAUGGUUCCCUUUUCGUUGGUGACUUUAAUUUGGUUAGAAAAAUACAAACUGACGGGAUAGUACGAACAAUCGUCAGACUAAACGCCACGAGGGUCUCUUACAGAUACCACAUGGCACUUAGUCCGUUGGAUGGUACACUAUAUAUUUCCGAUCCAGAAUCGCAUCAAAUCAUAAAAGUCCGAAAUACAGACGAAUACUCUGAUCCAGAGCGUAACUGGGAAACUGUAGUAGGAUCUGGUGAACGAUGUCUUCCAGGGGAUGAAGCCCAUUGUGGAGACGGGGCUUUAGCCCGAGAUGCAAAACUUGCUUAUCCGAAAGGAGUAGCGGUGUCAAACGACAACAUCUUAUACUUUGCUGAUGGCACCAACAUAAGGAUGGUGGAUCGUGAUGGCAUUGUAACCACUGUUAUUGGAAAUCACAUGCACAAGUCGCACUGGAAGCCGCUUCCCUGUGAAGGAACAUUGAAUAUCGAGGAAGUUCACUUAAGAUGGCCCACCGAGCUAGCGAUCAACCCUCUGGAUAAUACUCUGCACAUUAUAGACGAUCACAUGAUUCUCCAAUUAACUUUAGAUGGAAGAGUUAAAGUGAUUGCUGGAAGACCGCUGCAUUGCCCUUCACCUUUAACUGGAUAUGACAUUGAGUUGGCGACGUAUGCAACUCUAGUAAUGCCUCAAAGUAUUGCGUUUAGUGCAUCCGGGGAUCUAUAUGUUGCUGAAAGCGAUUCUCAAAGGAUUAAUAGAGUUCGUAUCAUCGGAACCGAUGGGAAAAUAUCACCAUACGCUGGCGCUGAAUCCAAAUGCAACUGCCUCGAGAGAGGUUGUGACUGCUUUGAAGCUGACCACUUCUUGGCAUCAAACACCAAGUUCAACACAAUAUCAGCAGUAACUGUCAGUCCAGACGGACAUGUUCACAUCGGCGACCAAGCCAAUUACAGGAUUCGAUCAGUUAUGGCUAGUAUUCCAGAUGCUAGUGUUUCACGAGAAUAUGAAAUUUACUCUCCAGAAACUCAAGAAAUCUACAUCUUUAAUAGAUUUGGUCAACACAUCGCUACCAAAAAUAUUUUAACUGGAGAAACGAGUUAUGUUUUUACUUAUAACGUUAACACAAGCAAUGGUAAGCUCAGUACAGUAACCGAUGCUGCUGGUAACAAAGUUUUCCUACUUAGAGAUUAUUCAAGUCAUGUAAAUUCUAUUGAAAAUACCAAGGGACAAAAAUGCAGACUACGUAUGACUAGAGUAAAAAUGUUACAUGAACUUAGCACCCCCGAUAAUUACAAUGUCACUUUUGAUUACCACACGAACGGCCUAUUAAAGACCAAGUUGGAUAGCAGUGGUCGCAGUUACGUAUAUAAUUACGAUGAAUUUGGAAGACUAACCUCGGCGGUGACACCCACUGGUAAAGUUAUAAGCCUUUCCUUUGACUUGAGCUUAAAAGGAGCUACAGUUCGAGUAAGUCAGAAUAACAAAAAACCAGUUUCCAUGCUUAUUAAAGGUUCUAGUGUGUCUACGAAAAUAGAGGAAACAGAAAACAGAAUUAUAUUACUAGCAGAUGGAAGUGCGGCAAGCAUAUCACCUUGGUCCCACAGUACCACCACAGAUACAGUUCCUUACAAUAUUUUAUCAGAAAAAGAGCCUUUAUUAGGUGAAAGCUACCCAGUUCCGGCGAAACAAAGGACUGAAAUUGGUGGAGACCUCGCUAAUAGAUUCGAAUGGAGAUACUUCAUCCGACCGAAUCCCAACUCCAAAGGUAGCAAAGGCCUUGUGCCAAGAACAAUAAUAAAAGUAGGCAAGAAGUUGAGAGUUAAUGGAGAAAACCUACUCACCAUGGAGUAUGACAGAGAAACUGCUUCAAUAUCAGUCUUUAUGGAUGACAAAGUAGAACUACUAAAUGUAACUUAUGAUCGUUCAUCUAGACCUGUGAAAUGGGGUCCAAGGAAUGGUAUAUUUGCAGAAGUAGAGUUGGAGUAUGACAGAUUCAGCAGGUUAAGUAACUGGAAGUGGGGAGAACUAAGUGAAAGCUAUGGGUUUGACAGAGCUGGCAGACUGAAUGAAAUAAAAUAUGGUGAUGGGUCAUCGCUUGUAUACACCUUCAAAGAUAUGUUCAGUAGCCUGCCAUUAAAGGUCAGUACUCCCAGGGGAUCUGAUUAUCUUCUCCAGUAUGACGACUCUGGAGCUCUUCAGUCUCUUACAACCCCACGAGGACAUAUCCACACAUUCUCCUUACAAACGUCCCUCGGCUUUUUCAAGUACCAGUAUUUCUCACCGAUGAAUCGUCACCCGUACGAAAUCAUCUAUAACGACGAUGGUCAGAUACUAGCCAAAAUCUAUCCACAUCAAUCUGGAAGGGUGUCUUAUGUGUACGAUGAUGCAGGAAAACUCGAAACAACACUGGCCGGAAUGAGUUCAACUCGAUAUGUAUAUCAUGACGUGUCUGAUUUGGUAAAGACAAUAGAAAUUAUAGAACCCAAUUUUGAGCUAAGGCAGGAGUUUAAAUACCACGCUGGUGUAUUGAAAGAUGAAAAACUUAAAUUCAAUAGCAAAAGUGGUUUGGAUAAUGCACAUUAUAAGUAUCAGUAUGAUGGCAAUGCCCGAUUGUCAACCAUUGAUCUUGAUAUUAACGGUAAAGAACUGCCUCAACUGAGAUUAAAAUAUAAUCAGAAUUUAGGUACUCUGGAAGGUAUAAGUGAUUUGAGGAUAUACCGAAACACUUUCAAUCGGUCGGUAAUGCAGGACACUACUAAACAAUUCUUCACAAUAACAGAUUAUGACGAUCACGGAAGAAUUAAAACGAUUUUAAUCAACAUUAAAUCAUUUGACGUAUUUAGACUAGAAGUGGAAUACGAUGUGAGAAACAGAAUAAAAAUGCAGAAAUUGUUAGUUGGGAGAACACAGUUCAUGGACAGGAUAGCGUAUAACUCCGACGGUCAUGUACUGGAAGUUGUCGGCACCAGUAAUUGGAAAUAUGUCUACGAUGAAAACGGUAAUAUUAUAGGAGUUAUAAAAGAAAAGGAAAAAAUAUCACUGGGCUAUGACAGUGGUGACCGUGUUGUGCAAUACGGUGAUGUCGAGUUUAACAGUUAUGAUACUCGCGGAUUUGUAGUACGUAGGGGAGAACAGAAAUAUAGAUACAACUCUAGAGGCCAAUUAAUACAUGCCUUUGAAAGAGACAAAUUCCAAACGUGGUACUACUACGACGAUAGAGGAAGACUCAUAUCGUGGAAUGAUGAAAAAGGCAAUGUUACUCAAUAUUUCUACACUAACCCAAGCACUCCCGAUUUAAUAACGCAUGUUCACUUCCCCAAAUCGGGACGUACGUUCAGGUUCCUCUACGAUUCUAGGGACGUAAUUAUCACUGUAGAAACUUCUGAGCAAAGAUUUUAUGUGGCAACAGAUCAAAACGGGUCGCCUCUCGCUCUAUUUGACAUUAACGGGAAUCUCAUUAAGGAAAUCAGACGAACGCCAUUUGGCAAUAUAAUUUUAGACACGAAUCCAGAUUUCUACCUACCUGUCGACUUCCAUGGGGGUAUUCUGGAUCCAAACACAAAACUCAUAUACAUUAACAAAAGGCUGUAUGAUCCUGCGGUUGGACAGUGGAUGACUCCGAAUUGGGAACAACUUGCUACAAAACUGACUACACCCACCGAUGUUUUCAUUUACAGAUUCCACAAUAAUGAUCCGAUUAAUUCAAAAUUGUCUAUAAAUUACAUGACGAGCUUGAAGAGCUGGCUACAGAUAUAUGGAUACGAUAUUGAGAAAAUGCUCGGAUCACAGUAUAUCAGUAAACUGGUAUAUAGGCCUCAAGCUGUGGUGACUGCUCCGCAACUUGCACCCGACUUUGGAAUAAUGUCCGGAUUGCAAUGUAUUAUAGAUAAAAUAAACGAGAAAUUCAUGGACCUCAGUUUCGUGCCAAGGCCACUACUGAAGAUGGAGCCGAAAACAAGAAACCUGCUCCCGAGGGUAGCCUAUAGGAGGUCCGUCUUCGGAGAAGGAGUCUUAAUAUCUAGAGUAGGAAGCAGAGCUUUAGUUAGUGUAGUGGAAGGUGUAAACGGCGUAGUGCAAGAUGUCGUAACGUCAGUGUUUAAUAACUCGUUCUUCUUGAACGUGCAGUUCAGCAUUCACGACCAGGACGUGUUCUAUUUCGUCAAAGACAAUGUACUUAAGAUUCGUGAUGACUUAGAGGAACUUCGUAGAUUAGGUGGAAUGUUCAAUGUUUCAACGCAUGAAAUAACCGAUCAUGGUUCAUCCGCAACCAUAAAAGAAUUGCGACUACACAAUCCCGAUGCAGUAGUUAUAAUUAAGUAUGGCGCAGAUCCAAAUCUGGAGACCCAUAAAAUUCUGAGGCACGCUCACAAGAGGGCGGUGGAGAGAGCCUGGGAAAUCGAGAAGCAAUUGGUCGCUGCCGGAUUCCAAGGAAGAGGUGACUGGACGGAAGAGGAAAAGGAAGAAUUAAUAUCACACGGUGACGUGGAUGGUUACGAGGGGGUUGAUAUACAUAGUAUACACAAAUAUCCUCAGCUGGCCGAUGACCCGGGCAACGUGGCAUUCCAAAGGGACACUAAACGAAAGCGAAGAAAGAGCGGCCUACGACGCGGUAGGGUACAUAGACAUGACUCGUGAUUAUUUAUUAAAAAUGGUGAUAUUUAUUAAGUAACAACAGAAAUAUUUUUAUGUGCCAUACUCCAACAUCAAAUCAAAUCCUAGUCGUUCUUAAAGUACAUAACUAAUUUAUAGAGACAAAUUACUAUUUUUAAUAAAUUCAUGGCCAUAUUUUAAUAAUCAUGAAUAACUAAGCCAUGAUACUGUCCAAUAAAAACAUGUAACUGUGUUGUGUAAAAGCAAUCAAAAGGCCUAUAUGAUAACGAAAGGAUGAGUUUUUCCUACAGGGUAGCCGAGUUACUCUAAGGAUUACUUUUUAAAGAAAAACAAAGACUUUCAAUAUAGUUUAUUGUAGUUCAGGCACUACUAAAGAGAAAUGUACAUAUAUCAGAAGCUUUUUAUAUGGAAACUAUAGUGAACCGCUAUGAUGAGUAUCUGAAUGAUUAAUUUUUAUGCUGCAACUUCUUAUGAUGAUUUUCGAUGAUCGUCACUGAACACGUAGCAUCUGACUGAUAUAUUAUUCAUUCGAUGAGUAUAGGAAUAUAUUUGAUGCAUAGUCCAUAGAUGUAAAUAUUUAUUUAUGGUUUUAUUAAGUUUUACAAUUCUAUCCUUGGUGCUUGUCUUCACAUCUAUCGAUAUUAGAUUUACCCGGGCCAUAGGUAUCUAAGUGGGCCAUGUAUCAUUAGAAUAGCGUACAACUGUGAAUUUUAUAAUACGCAUAAUAGAAACUGUAACUUAAUGCCAAUAAUAUACACCAAAUUAUCGAUUAUUUGCCAUAGCUGAAUAUUACUAAAUGGACUCGUUAGGUACAGCUGUUGUAAUGAUAAAUGAACUCUUUUUAUGACUUUUUAUAUAGAUCAAUGUCUUACUUUUAUUAUUUGGGACGAAAGACAUUCAUUGAAGUGAUUAGGUAUAGGUAAGGGGCAAAUGCAGCCAAAUGUGGAUAAGUGAUAUUUUUUCUAAUGUGACUAACAAAGAAAGCAAUACUUUGUAUCUUAUAUGUCUUAAUUAUUAUUAAAUUAUACUGUGCAAUUGUUGUGUGGUUGUUUAUAAACGGCCAGCACUAGUAAUGCAUUAAAAGAUAUUGACGAUGACCAUAUUCGUAAAAUAUUAAUACUAAUAUUUUAUGUAUGUAUAUAUAAAUUUAUUGUGUAUAUUGUUUUUAUAUGUAAAUAUAUUUUGUUUUAUUCAGUAAUAUACUCGUUUAUUAAA